GUGACAGGAAGCAGCAUGGAGCUGUGCGGGCGGGUCUGGGCACUUUUGGCAGCUAAGGGAGCCGCCGGACAAUGGGGUCCGUGGAGGGCUUGGUGUUAUCUUCGUGGCAAUGCAGCCCUUGGGAGGCGGCGCGGGAUGAGCACGGGACGUUUUGCUGGGGGCCGUCAGGACCAGCAGCAGGACUGGAACCACCGGAACAAGACGGUGCUUACCUACCUGGCGGCUGCAGUCGUAGGCAUGGCAGGUGUGUCCUAUGCGGCCGUGCCGCUCUACCGGCUCUAUUGCCAGGCUACUGGACUUGGCGGGACUGCAGUAACAGGUCAUGGUUCAGACCAGAUUGAGACGAUGGAAUGUAUAAAAGAUCGUGUUCUUAAAAUCACUUUCAAUGCAGAUGUACAUUCAAGUCUUCAGUGGAAUUUCAGGCCUCAACAGACUGAAGUUUAUGUAGUUCCAGGAGAGACUGCACUGGCGUUUUACAAAGCAAAGAAUCCCACAGAUAAACCAAUAAUUGGAAUCUCUACCUACAAUGUGGUGCCUUUUGAAGCUGGCCAGUAUUUCAAUAAAAUACAAUGCUUUUGUUUUGAAGAACAGCGACUUAAUCCCCAUGAAGAAGUGGAUAUGCCGGUGUUUUUCUUCAUUGAUCCUGAAUUUGCUGAAGACCCAAGGAUGGCCAAUGUUAACUUGAUCACUCUCUCUUACACUUUUUUUGAAGCAAAAGAAGGACACAAACUACCUCUCCCUGGUUAUAAGUAAAUAUUGUAGGAUCUGGACUCCACAUUGGAGAUUCUUCUGCUAUGCAAUAUUGAUGAUUUACAGACUGCACCACUAUUUACUCUGCAGCAGAGGAGGAAGAUGAUGAAAAUCUGAAAAGCAGGAAUUCUGUUUUAGGUGUACAGUAAUAUAGAUAUCUGCUUGUUCUGAAGAUGUGAUAUUUAACUUUUACACAUGCCUGUGAAUACAAUGAAUAAAAAUCACUCAAGAUACUCAUUUCUCUCGUUGACAGGUAGAUCUUCAUUACAGAUAUAAAAUACAUAUAUGUAAAAUAUGUGUAGCUUCACUUUUGGGAACUGAUGUUUGAUUCAUCCAAC